GUUUCCUCCCAGCAAGCUGUGCGACGCACCGGGCUUCUUCGCCUUUGUGCCAUCCGGGUCUCUCGCGCUUGCGAUUUAGUCUGAGGCGAAGCUUCGGAGCGGCCAGUACUGUUGAAAGCGACAAGUGUAGGCGCCGCUCUAGCGGCCGGGACUCUGAACUAUGGCGGCUAGUGAUACAGAACGAGAUGGACUAGCCCCAGAAAAGACAUCACCAGAUAGAGAUAAGAAAAAAGAGCAGUCAGAUGUAUCUGUUUCUCCUAGAGCUUCAAAACAUCAUUAUUCAAGAUCACGAUCAAGGUCAAGAGAAAGAAAACGAAAGUCAGAUAAUGAAGGAAGAAAACACAGGAGCCGGAGCAGAAGCAAAGAGCGUGCUAAUGCGCGAAGAGACUGAACUGAAGACGCUGCAGACUCAGAUAGCAAAAUAAUAAGCCUACUUCAUGAUAAGAACCAACUUCUUCUUAAAACAGGCAAGAAGACAUGAAUCCAAAGAUAAAUCCUCUAAGAAACACAAGUCUGAGGAACAUAAUGACAAAGAACAUCCUUCUGAUAAAGGAAGAGAGCGACUGAAUUCAUCUGAAAAUGGUGAGGACAGGCACAAACGCAAAGAAAGAAAGUCAUCAAGAGGCAGAAGUCACUCAAGAUCUAGGUCUCGUGAAAGACGCCAUCGUAGUAGAAGCAGGGAGCGGAAGAAAUCUCGAUCCAGGAGUAGGGAGCGGAAGAAAUCUCGAUCCAGAAGCAGAGAGAGGAAGAAAUCAAGAUCCAGAAGCAGGGAAAGAAAACGGCGGAUCAGGUCUCGAUCUCGCUCAAGAUCAAGACACAGGCAUAGGACUAGAAGCAGGAGUAGGACACGGAGUAGGAGUCGUGAUAGAAAGAAGAGAAUUGAAAAGCCGAGAAGAUUUAGCAGAAGUUUAAGCCGGACUCCAAGUCCACCUCCCUUCAGAGGCAGAAACACAGCAAUGGAUGCCCAAGAAGCUUUAGCUAGGAGGUUGGAAAGGGCAAAGAAAUUACAAGAACAGCGAGAAAAGGAAAUGGUUGAAAAACAAAAACAACAAGAAAUAGCUGCGGCAGCUGCAGCUACUGGAGGUUCUGUUCUCAAUGUUGCUGCCCUCUUAGCAUCAGGAACACAAGUAACACCUCAGAUAGCCAUGGCAGCUCAGAUGGCAGCCCUGCAAGCUAAAGCUUUGGCAGAGACAGGAAUCGCUGUACCUAGCUACUAUAACCCAGCAGCUGUAAAUCCAAUGAAAUUUGCUGAACAAGAGAAAAAAAGGAAAAUGCUUUGGCAGGGCAAGAAAGAAGGGGACAAAUCCCAGUCUGCUGAAAUAUGGGAAAAAUUGAAUUUUGGAAACAAGGACCAAAAUGUGAAAUUUAGGAAAUUGAUGGGUAUUAAGAGUGAAGAUGAAGCUGGUUGUAGCUCAGUUGAUGAAGAAAGUUACAAGACUCUCAAGCAACAGGAAGAAGUAUUUAGAAAUCUAGAUGCUCAGUAUGAAAUGGCAAGAUCACAAACCCACACACAAAGAGGAAUGGGUUUGGGUUUCACAUCUUCAAUGCGAGGAAUGGAUGCAGUUUGAAAAAGAUCACACCUGUAAAGUUUGGGACUUUAUAGACUUCUUGUUCUGAUGUCAGGUCCUUGUUCACCAAACAGCUAGCAUUCUAGCUUGCAUGGGUGUUGCAUUGACUUUAAUUUAUUGAAAAAUCCGAAUUUUUGUAAAUAUCAGAUCAGUGAUACUGGUGUUAGUGUUGUAAUCAGGUUAAACCCACUUCCAUUAAACUUGACAGGACUAUAGAAGGACAAUAUUUUUUAGUUCAUGAAUUCUACUUUUCAAAUAUAAAAAGCUGCAGGUGGGGAUAAAAUCUCAUACAUGGAUUUUUUUCGUGUCUGCUGUCUUGUGUACUUUUGUACUUAACCUUGUACAGUUAUUUUCAUCUCUUGAAACAUGAAAGAAAUGUUAUGUAGAUGUUCUUUAGAAGAUCUGGCCAUUUGGCUCAUAAUCCAGCACAGAUAAGCUGGGUGGUAAUGAUAAUAAAAAUGGUUUUCUCAAAACUGGUGUUAAUUUAAGUUACCUGGGAUGUUUCUUUGAAUUUCUUUUAUGGUUUCUGUAGCAUUUGGCAAUUGCUGUUAGAAAACACUAGCUAGAAAUUUCCUCUUCCCCCUUUUUUUUAAGGUCAGUUAUCUAUACUACAGGCAAUAUCAUGGUGAGUAAAAGUAAAAAUUGGGAGGAGCAAACAAACAUUAAAAUAAUAUGUUUUCCUAUUAUAAGGGACAGAUGGUAUACAGUAUUUGUCAAAUAUUACACAUGUUAUUCAGGAAAUAGAUUAAUGCAUUAAAGGGAUGUAAGCACUUUUAUUUUAAUAAAGUGCCUUAUAACAAGUUA